AUGGACCUCCAGCCUAUCACAGCAAACUAUACUGCCACAGACCCUCCACACGGGAUUCCAGCCUAUCCCAGCCAACUAUACUGCCCCAGACCAUCCACACAGACCUCUAGCCUAUCCCGGCGAACUAUACUGCCCCAGACCCUCCUCAUGGACCUCAAGCCUAUCUCAUCGAACUAUACUGCCCCAGACCAUCCACACGGACGUCCAGACUAUCCCAGCAAACUAUACUGCCCCAGAACAUCCACACGGAGCUCCAGCCUAUCCCAGCAAAUUAUACUGCCCAGACCAUCCACAUGGACCUCCAGCCUUUCCCAGCAAACUAUACUGCCCCAGGCCAUCCACACGGAACUCCAGCCUAUCCCAGCGAACUAUACUGCCCCAGACAAUCCACACGAAACUCCAACCUAUCCCAGCGAACUAUACUGCUCCAGACCAUCCACACGGAAUUCUAGCCUAUCCCAGCAAACUAUACUGCCAAGACCAUCCACAAGGAACUCCAGUCUAUCCCAGCGAACUAUACUUCCACAGACCAUCCACAUGGACCCCCAGCCUAUCCCAGCAAACUAUAUUGCCCCAGACCAUCCACACGGACCUCCAGCCUAUCACAGCGAACUAUACUGCAACAGACCCUCCACAUGGACCUCUAGCCUAUCACAGCGAACUAUACUUCCCCAGACCAUCGACACGGACCUCCAAUCUAUACCAGCGAACUAUACUGCCCCAGACACUCCACACGGAACUCCGGCCUAUCCCAGUGAACUAUAUUGUCCCAGACCAUCCACAUGGACCUCAAGCCUAUCCCAGCAAACUACACUGCCCCUGACCAUACACAAGAAACUCGUGCCUAUCCCAGCGAACAAUACUACCCCAGACCCUCCACACGGAACUCCAGCCUAUCCCAGAAAACUAAACUGCCCCAAACCAUCGACACGGAUCUCCAGUCUAUCCAAGCGAAUUAUACUGCUACAGACCCUCCACAUGGACCCACAGCCUAUCACAGCGAACUAUUCUUCCCCAGACUAUCUACACGGACCUCCAAUCUAUACCAGCGAACUAUACUGCCCCAGACCCUCCACACGGACAUCCAGCCUAUUCAAGCGAACAAUACUGCCACAGACCCACCACACGGCCCUCCAGCCUAUCCCAGCGAACUAUACUGUCCCACAUCCUCAACACGGAACUCCAGCCCAUCCCAGCCAACAAUACUGCCCCAGGCCCUCCACACGGAAUUCAAGCCUAUCCCAGCGAACUGUACUGCCCCAGAUCAUCCGCACGAAACUCCAGCAUAUCCCAGCGAACUGUACUGCCCCUUACCAUCCACAUGGACCUCCAGCCUAUAACAGCAAACUAUACUGCCCCAGACCAUCCACAUGGACCUCUAGCCUAUCUCAGCGAACUAUUCUGCCUCAGACUCUCCACACGGACAUCCAGCCUAUUCAAGCGAACUAUACUGCCCCAGACCAGCCACACGUAGAUCCAGCCUAUCCCAGCAAACUUUACUGCCCCAGAUCAUCCACAUGGACCUCCAGCCUAUCACAGCAAACUAUACUGCCACAGACCCUCCACACGGGAUUCCAGCCUAUCCCAGCCAACUAUACUGCCCUAGACCAUCCACACAGACCUCUAGCCUAUCCCGGCGAACUAUACUGCCCCAGACCCUCCUCACGGACCUCAAGCCUAUCUCAUCGAACUAUACUGCCCCAGACCAUCCACACGGACACCAUCCACAUGGACCUCCAGCCUAUCCCAGCAAACUAUACUGCACCAGACCAUCCACACGGAACUCCAGCCUAUCCCAGCGAACUAUACUGCCCCAGCCAAUCCACACGGAAGUCCAGCCUAUCCCAGCUAACUAUACUGCUCCAGACUAUUCACACGCAAUUCCAGCCUAUCCCAGCAAACUAUACUGCCCAGACCAUCCACAAGGAACUCCAGUCUAUCCCAGCGAACUAUACUUCCACAGACCAUCCACAUGAAUCCCCAGCCUAUCCCAGCAAACUAUAUUGCCCCAGACCAUCCACACGGACCUCCAGCCUAUCACAGCGAAUUAUUCUGCCCCAGACCCUCCCCACGGACCUUCAGCCUAUACCAGCGAACUAUACCGCCCUAGACCAUCCACAUGGACCUCCAACCUAUCCCAGCAAACUAUAA